UCUCCUCUGCUCUCAUCCUAGAGGACAUAGCGAUGCGGAGACAAUAGGACGCAGAGCCCACAGAGGCAGCGCGAUGCCCGGCGUCACAUCCGCAGACGCACCGCUGCUCGGAGGCUUCUCCCCGGACUGUACCCGGCUUUUCCCCGCGGCUCACCCGGCCUUAGUAUGCGCUGUUUACCAGCAGCCUACGGUGACAGGGCGGCAUCCACUCACACACACACUGAGUGAAGGUGACACCAGCUGUUAGCCUCUGCGGCUCUUGUUUCUUCUGAGUGUCCGUACCCGAGUUAUUUCGCCCACUGGUCCGUCACUUAAAACUGUCCCCAGCAUGAGCUCCUCUCCGCUUGUAUCCCGAGCCAACAUGGACAUCCUGGAUGAGCUGCAGUUGAUCGCGGCCCAGAACCUGGAGCAGCUGGAGGUCAACAAGUACUACGAGGUCAUCAGAGAGUUGGGCAAAGGGACCUACGGCAAGGUGGACCUGGUGAUCCACAAGAUCAGAGGCACAAAAAUGGCUCUGAAGUUCCUGAAGAAGAAGACGACCAAGCUGAAGUCAUUCCUGCGCGAGUACAGCAUCUCCCUCUACCUGUCGCCCUGCCCCUUCAUCAUCAACAUGUUCGGCAUCGCAUUUGAGACCGACGAGUACUACGUGUUCGCACAGGAGUACGCCCUGGCUGGAGACCUCUUUGAUAUCAUUCCUCCGCAGGUUGGUCUUCCUGAGUCGGUGGCGAAGCGCUGUGUGCACCAGGUCGCCAUUGCUCUGGACUACCUGCACUGUAAGAAGCUGGUCCACAGGGACAUCAAACCCGAAAACAUCCUCAUUUUUGACAGAGAAUGCCGAAAGGUCAAGCUGUCCGACUUUGGUAUGACCCGCCGGGCUGGCUCACCUGUGAAAAGAGUGAGUGGUACCAUCCCCUACACGGCCCCGGAACUCUGCGACGUGUCCCGCCAUGAGGGCUUCUGCGUGGACUACAGCACCGACGUCUGGGCCUUUGGCGUGCUGCUCUUCUGCAUGCUGACGGGUAACUUCCCCUGGGAGAAGGCGCUACCUUCUGACUCCUUCUACCAGGAGUUCAUCCGCUGGCAGAGGAGGAGGACCAACACGGUGCCGUCGCAGUGGAGGCGCUUCACCGAGCAGGCGCUGCGCAUGUUCCGCCGGCUGCUCUCUGUGGAGCAGGACCGCCGCUGUUCCGUCAAAGAGGUGUUUGGAUACUUCAGCCACUCCUGGAUGCUGGACGCAGAGAACAACAACAACAACGGCAACAGCAACACGGGAAACGGAGGUGGUGGCGAGAGGGUUGGCGGUGGUGGAGGAGGUGGCGGUGACGUGAACGGCACCAUCUCAUCCUCCUCAUCCGGCGAGGAGGAUGAGGAGCUGCUGGUGGAGCGGAUGAAGCAGCAGACGUUAUCGCCUCUCUCGCCACUGUCUCCCAUGUCUCCAGUGGCGGUGGAGAGGGGCAGCGGUGGCACAGCCAAGGGUGGGAUGAUGGAUCCGGGUGGUGGCCACCAUUUCGUGCCCGUUUCCACCAACAGCUCCGUGUCGUCCACCAACAGUUAUGAUCGGAUGCCUCGAGAAAACAGUUCCCCGGGCGGCCGCAUGCUGGUGGCCACGCCCAUAGAGAUCUGUGUGUGAGUCGGUGUGAGCGCUACAGACUCACCGCACUGCACUCUUUUAUUGCUAACCCCACCACUCUGAUGUGCAUGCCAGGAAACAAACAAUCCGACGACGAGCACCAACACGUUCAAAGUGGAGAUGAAGCUCUGAACAAUUUGACUGUUUUAUUUUUUUAUCUUCUGCAAAAUUUAGCUCAACAAUCGACUUAAAAUUCCUCCAGAUUUGCUACAAAAAAGUCGUCUUUUUUUUCCACCACUGGGGGGCAUCACAAGAACUCUGAUUAUUUGUUUGUUUACCAGUAGAAUUUGGCGAAGUAAGCUUGAUGAAUUAAAAAGGAAAGGAGACCGUUUAAGUCUCAUUUUCUUUUGGCGCCGCACGUUGCAAUGACUUCUAUGGCACUAAAGAGGGAGCCAAACUCACUCAAAUUGGUGGCGGCUGGAAUGUUUGCUUACCUCACGUUUUGAUUUGAUUACGAUUCAGAGGACAACGAUUUUAAUUAUGGAAACAAUUGUAAAAAGAAAAUUUUAAGAUAAAUACGAUUUUUCUUUUUUACAAAUGGUGCAAUGAAUUGUAGCCAGACGCUGUAGCAUCAGAGAUUGGAGCUAGCAGCUGCCGUAGCCAGAUGCUAUCACUCUGGCAUUUGAUGUUAGCAGCUACUGUGACCUGACGCUGUAGCCUUAGCAUUUGAGUUUGGCAACUACUGUAUGUAGACACUAAUGUUCAACACUGAAGCCAAGGCGUAUAGUGACAGUAGCCAGACAUCAUAGCCAGAUGCUGUAACAUCAGUAGCCAGACUUUGGCUUCCGACGUUAGCAGUCAAUGUGGCCAGAUGCUGAAGCAUUAGCAUUUGAACUUAGCAGCUAUCUACAGCCAAGGCAUCUAGCUACAGUAGCUAGACAUUAGCAGCUGCUUUAGCCAGAUGCCCGUAGCAUUGGCUGGUGAUGUUAGCAGCUUUAGCAGAUACUGAAGCAUUAGCUAACUAUAGCAAGGUCUUCUUCACAGAAACAACAUGAAAAUGAGUGAGUUUAGCGUCUUCAUCAGUUUGAUACAAGUGAUUCUUUGAUAUUCUGCCGUGUCUUUUUCCCAUUAAUGCUAAUUCGGCAACUAACAGACGUCACCAGUCAAAGAUGGCUGCCUCCUAGUGGUGAAAAAGUGAAACAAGAACUUUUUUUCGAGCAGAAUAACAAGUUAGAUUGUUGUGCUAACUCCUGCGCUAGAUAAAAAUCCAAUUGUAGGAUGUUUACAUUCCUCGUGAGACAAAAUCAAAGACGCUUUGAAUCCACCAAACAAGUACAAAUAGGUUUUUUUUGGUGAAAACAAAGGAAAAAUUGCUUCCAUUAGAGAUUCUGUUGCUGAAACCAUGUGAAGAGACGACCAAAUUUUUUUUCUUAAAGCAAUACUUCCAGCAAAAAAAACAAAAACAAAAAAGAGACAGGAAGAGGCGCAGAACGUUGAGAUUCUGAUGAAGCAAUGAAGGAUUUGUAAUUUUGAAGACUGAAGUAAUUCAAGGUCAAUCCUAAAAAAACAAAACAAAAGGAGCGGCGGUUUUAAUGUUUCCCGUGUAACAAAAAAAAUGUGAACGUGUGAGUGUAUCACUGUGUAUGUAUGAAUCCAAACGACUUAUUUUCCUUUAAGGAUUUUAUUAUUUAUUCAAAUCUUCAAAAAAAAAACAAAAAAAAGACUCAACUUUCUAUUUUUUUCUAUUUUUUGUAAAGUAGAUUUAUUUUGUUUUUCUGUUUAUCUUUGUUGUUCCGCUACAACAUGAGUUACGGAGUGGUUUUCAGAUAUAAAAUACGCCCUCUACUGGCCGUAAAAACCUAAAGCAGAGAACCUAAAGAGUUACGACGCCUCUGUUCUUCAUCUACGUCACCGUCAAAAGAAAAAAAGAAUCUUUUCUACGCACUUUUAUUUCUCGCUUUCUUUUUAUGUUACUUUUAUUUUCAUCUGAAAAGAAAAUGGAUAAAUACUUAGCAUUUUCAAUCUCAAACAAAAAACAAAAGACAGUUUUUUGUAAUUGCAUGACAUGUAGCUAAAAGUUAGAUUUACACAAAAAAAAAGAAUGAAUUUGAACUGGCAAACAAAAAAAACAACAAAAAAAUUGUAAUGUGAUGUGGAACUUUUGCUGUAGCACAAUUUCUUGCAUCAUCACGAUCUUAGGGCUAAAAAAUCGGAAACAAUAAUUAGUUUUUAUUGUGUGUGUGUCGUAUUUGUAUCGGUGUUAAUGUCGUGCUCUCAUCAGCGCCACCUUCAGGAACAGAAAAAAAUGAAAACGCAAAGCAUGAGGACGACGAGCGAUGAAAAAAAAAUUCUAGGAAUUUCUGCAAAUUUACAGUGAAAUUGUGGAAUUUUUUCAAUUUUAAGUUUAUUUCGUUUUUUGAGAGAAUUUUGACUCAUUAUAAAAAACCUGAAGAAAAAAAAAACAUGUGCUCAUGUAUAUGAAUGGAUGUUUUGUGUUGCAUGACUCUUUGUGCUCCGUGUUGCUCCAGUCACAAGCCGUAGGACUGUAGAUGUCGUAAAAAAAGCUGCAAAAACAAAACAACGCGUUUCUUUAUCUCGUGGGAGUCGCUGACCUCAGCUGGGAACCCUCGAAGCUCCUCCCUCCCCGUAUGUAAAUGACUCCAUCUUGUGACAAUCUCUGACCUCACCGUUGACCCCUCUGACUCUGAACAAUGGUCAGUCCUGAUAGAGACGGACGCUGGUGUUUUAACCGUGUGAGGUUCAGCUGCACAUGAGAUGACGACACCUCCUCCUCCUCCUCCUCCUUCUCAUCAUCAUCAUCAUCAUCACGUGGAUCUACUGUGUUGUGUCAUCGUCACGCGGUCUCAUUUUAUGUCAAGUGGAGAUUUGUUAGAGUGAGGUUUGGCCGACAUAAGAUCUAAUUUGUGAUUUUAUUCCAAAUAAAAGCUGCUGUCUGUGAAUUGGUACCGAAAUGCA